UCGCAAUCAAUGAUUGAAAAUAUUUAAAAUACAAAUAACGCAUCAGGAGAAAAUAGAAAAAUUCACUUUAAAUUUUAAAAAAGCAUGGAAACUGUGAAGGACUAUGUAGAAUGUUUGAAUACUCACUGGAUGGUAAUGAUCAUAGCUGGUUUAUACACCCAUGUCAGACAAAUAUGUAUAAUAGGACUAUGUUUCGAAGACAAAACAGUAUUUUAUCCAACGUAUUCAUCUCUCCUUUUUACUUUUUCUGUCUUAUCAGUAAUUGCUGAAUAUAAACCUUGGCCAAGAUCUCUCAAAAAACCACCAGCAUAUCUUUUAUACAUAUAUGAGAUGUUAGUAGCAUCUUUGGUUGCGAAUUUAACAACACGUGUCAUUUGGAUGCCACUUUUAAAUUCAACUUGGUAUCUGACUCAAGAAUCUAGUGAAUGGCUUAAAUGGGCUAAUUCAGCAAUGGGGUUAAACAAUAAAUCACCAAUUAUUCAGUUUGCAAACUAUAUGGCAAAAGAAGAUGCAGCCUGUCAUGUAACAUUAUGUAUAUCGAUACUUUCAUUUUUGUGGAUGAUGGAUGCAACAGAAUCGCUUGAUACGCUUCUUGAUUAUAUGACAAUGUAAAUUUCUCAAUUGAUGUUUAGCAUUUAACACCAGCAAAUUAUUUAUAAAAAUUUAUUAUUUAUCGAUUAACG